UUUAUACACAGUUAUUUCAGAGUGAGAGUGACCAUGUGUAACAAUGUGUCAUGGCAUUUUGUGUGUGUGUGUGUGUGUGUUUUUUGGGCAUCUUGCACCAAAACACACUCAAUAAGUCAUCAGGAUUUGUAACCACACACACACCACACUCACUCUCACACCCACACCCACAACUACACUUUAGAAAUUCCUGUAUUCCUCAACUGCUUCCUUUAAAUACUGAUUCCAUCUCCUGCACUCGCACAUUCUCCAUCUCCACACUCUGGGUCUCCUCAUUUUGGAUCUUCUGCUCUCUCUGAAUCUUCUCCACACUCUGAAUUUUUGUCAGUCUCUGAAUCCUCUCCACAGCCAGCAGCUGCAGACACCAUGACUCCUCUCCUCAUUCUGCUCGUGCUCUGCUCUUCAGCGUCGGUGUCCUUCUCAUCUCCGAUUACACCCCGCAGCACACAAAACUCAGACUUCAGGUCGAACAUGCAGGACGCACAGAGCCUAGCCAGCAAGAUGCUGAAGAACAUUCCAGCAGUCUACAAGUCCUGUGUUAGAAAGCACUUCACGAGCGACCCCUUCAGUCUGGAGUACAUCAAGGAGACGUUGGCGAUUCCUGCUUCACCCAAACUAGCUCCCAUCUCAGAAACACACACUAUGGAAAUGAAUUUGGACCGGAUAUGUGAAGGUCUUCAGCUCCAUUAUAAUCUGCUGCAGGAAGCAAAGGAGAAAGUGGAUUGUUCAGGAGAACUUACACCGUUACUGGCUGAAAUCAGUGAACUGAACAUACACAUUAAUAAGGUGCAGGUGUUAAGCGGAAUUCCUGUCUCUAAACCUCAGCUCAGCUCCGUCUCUGUCUUGUCUGGUCUCAGUAAAGACGAUUAUAGCCUGAAUGUUGGCGUUCACCUGUUGCUCGAGCAGCUCCGAGCCUUUGCCCAGGACACCGUACGCUCCCUACGUGAAAUUCAGCACUUACACUCCGACUUUCAGUUCUCAGGAUGACACUUUCGAACCUUCCUGUGGAAUUACAGCCGCUAUUUAUUUAUUUAUUUAUUUAUUUAUUUACGAAGCACAAAAUUUAUUCCAAUUCUUUUUUCUACUGCAAAAUGAUUUCAUUGAUGCACUUGUAUAAAAUCAAACAGCGGAAGUUUGAGAAACAGAUAUGGCAAAAGUAUGUGCACCCCUGAUCUGAUCAUCUCCCAGACUGUUACUACUGUAGAGUUUGAAGGACACAAUUGUACAGAAGGUAAUACUGCUGUAGCUGAAUGAUCGUAAUCUACACAAACACAAACAAAAAAAUCUAGUAGAACGCCUUUGUGAAAUAACUGCAAACACAGCAAGAGAAUAUACGUGUGUUCAUGCACAUGCACUGGUGUCAGGUGGCCACAUACUUCUGGCCAUACAGUUUUCCUUGUUUGUUUGUUUGUUAGUUUUGGACACAUGUUAGUUUUGUUUUCUAUUGAUCAGAUUGUUAAUCACCACAGAGAAAAAUGUAUUUAUUUUAUUUAUUUUAUUUGAGUUAUAAGAAUAAUUACCUAAUUAACUAAUUAAAUAUCAAAUAUGCAGCUAAAGUGUUUAUUAACCAUCAUCAGUCAAUCAAGCACAUUUUAUGAAUUUAUUGUGGUUAAACCUUGAAUAUGUAUGGGGUAGAAUGGGGUAAUUGGGUGGAGUGAGGUUGAUUUGUUACAGUGUGGUAGACUGUGGAGUUGGGGGGUACAGUGUGGAGGUGGAGUUGGGGGUAGUAUGAUGGACUGGGGUAGAAUGCGGUGGUGUGGGGUAGAGUGGUAACAUCGGGGUGAUAAAGUUAUGACUGGGGUAGAAUGAUGCAGUGGGGUAAAGUGGGGUGGACUGAAUGUGUCGAUGUAUUUUUCUACAUUUUAUUGUAAUUUUUAUACCAAAACACUGUAUUCAAGGAAGAACAAUUUGUUUUGUAUUUGGUUUAUUUAUUAAAGAUAUUUAUUUGUCCCCUG